AUGGGAAUGGGUGCAUACCUUGCCGCAUUGACGGAUCGACAACGUUAUCUUAGCCAGGAGGAAUCAGUAAGGGCAAACAUUGCCUGCGGGCAAAGAAGUCAUUUAUCUGAUAUCACUGAGCUAUUUGGAGAAUAUGGGGUAAGUGACGAGGUGAGCGAGUGUGUUGUGGAUUGUCUCACCGCAGAAGAUAAUUUGGCCAAGUACAAUUUUAAGAAACCAAAGAGACGGCGCGCAUAG